AUGAUGUUGAAUCGAUUGAUCAUCAGAUCAAAUGGUAUACUAAGAACAAAUGCCGUUUGUUCAUUAAGAGGUGGAUUAAUUGGGUAUCGAUCCUAUUCCAACAUAGAAGACUUCAAUAAGAAGAAGACUCAUUACACAUAUGGUGCUAAUUUUGAAAGUCUAGAAGAUUUAGAAAAGGAAAUAAAUCCUCAAGAUCAAUCGACCCAAAAGAUACAUCAAAAGAUUCAAGAUCAAAUGGAACAAGAACAACAAGCCAAAAUGACUUCAUUUGUGAAUAAUCAUCCAAAGUUAAUUAACUUAGAACCAGGAAGUCCUCAAUAUAAAGAACAAUUAUAUUUUGUUCAACUUGAAUAUGAAAAGUCUCAAAGGAAGCAACGUAAGAGAUUUGAGUUCUAUGAACGUUUGAGAGCCAUGGGAGUUGGUAUUCUUGCCCUUGUGGCUAUAAUUGGUACUCAUUAUGUGUAUAUGCAUUAUCCAUAUUUAAAAACGAAGGCUCUUGCUAAUAUUAAUUAUAAAAUUGAUGAAGAUAAGGCUCCUGAUUUAAGUGAUCCAAAUAAGAAUACCAAAAAUAAUGAAUAUCUCAUUAAUAAAUUAAAUGAAGAAUUAACUUCAUUUACAGAUUUAAAGAAUUCAGAAGAAGUGGCAGGUUUAUACGUAUUUGGGCAAUCAAAUAAUCAAAAAUUACCUAUGAGAUUUGACUUUUUCAAUCAAAUGCUUAUUAAAGAUGUCAAACUCUUGAAUGAUUAUUUAGUGGUGGUUAAUGAAAAGGGACAAGUUUAUGAAUAUUAUAAGGGAUUAAAAGUUCCAAAAUUAAUAAAUUUACCAUAUAAAAUCGAUAAAGUUGAAGUGUCAAACAACGUGCUAUACUUUAAAACCAAUAAAGGUGAAAUAAUUUAUAUACCAAGAAGAGGAAGUAAACCAGAUUCUGAUUUCCAAGGUACUACAAGAAGAAAUUGGAUAGGAAUAUCUCAAGAUCAAACAUAUGCUAAAUUAAAUAUUGGUGAGUCAAUUGAUCAAUUUUCAACUGGUGAAAAUCAUAUUUUAUUAUUAGGUAAAUCUGGUAAACUUUAUAUUGCCAAUACAUCUCAAAAUCCUAUUAAUAAAGGACAAUAUGGUAUACCUGAUUAUUCACCCUUUUCAAAAGAUGUUAAAAUACCCACAAAUGAACCAUUUGAAAUGACUUUAUUAAAUAAUGAAAUCUAUCAAGAUAACCAAGGAAACAAAUCAUUAAUAUCAAGAAGAUUUAAAACCAUUGCUAGUGGUAAAUAUCAUAAUAUUGUGGUUGAUACAUCAGGUAAUGUUUGGACAUGGGGGAAGAAUAAUUAUGGAGAAUGUGGUAUUAAUAUGAAUUAUAAUACAGACCUUCAACCUAUUCCAAAGAAGAUUUUACAACUUGAUGAUUAUAAGAGAAUUUGUCGUAAUGCGUUACCAAGUAUUGCUGGUGGAUUAACAAGUGCUGAUUUCAAUGUUAAGAAAGUAUUUGCAUCUGAUGAUUCAUCAUAUGUUCAACUUGAAUAUAAUAAUGACCAAGAUAUUUUAUUAAGUUUUGGUAAUGGAUUAAAAGGUCAAUUAGGUAAUAAUCGUUAUUUACACGUUUGUUCAUCACCACAGAUUAUUAAAUCAUUAAUAAAUUUAACUGAAUUUAAUGAGAGUUUAAAUAAAGUUGAAACCAUUGGGAUUAAAGAUGUGAAUGUGGGGAAUAAUCAUUUAUUUAUUACUUUGAAUAACUCAGGUAAAUUUAAAGAUGUUUUAGUAGUUGGUGAUAAUGAAUCUGGACAAUUUGGUAAUGGUAAAGUAGUUAGAAGUUCAAAACCAGUUCAAAUUCCAAAAUUAAUUGAACCAAAAGAUUUACUUGAUAGUAAAAGUUCAAAAAAUUCAUCAUCUAAAUUAUCCAAGAAAAUAAAUGAUGCUAAUAAUAGUAGAUUACAAUUAUUAGAUGAUCAUAAAUUAAUUAAUAAUUCAAUUAUUGAACAAGUUAUAGUUGCAGGAGAGAAUGGUUCAGCUAUAUUUUAUAAACGUAAAUAG